CAAUUUAUUGGUCUGAUGUGCGAAGGGAGGGAGGCAAAUAAAUGCUAGAAAAAUUGGUUUGACUGAAGGGCAAAAUAGAGGAGCACAAUAUCCGAGAUGCAAAAUGAGAAACGCAAAUGGACGAAUUUUCACUAUCGUUUCAUCAAUCGGGGAAAAUGAGUUUUCGAAAAUUAUCAAUCCCAAAUAUUUUAUCCGAACAAUAUCUUGUACUGAACGUACCACGUAUGGUAGAGAAAAAAUAAAGAAAAGAAGAUUUAGCAAAUCACCCACAAUAGAAAGAAAAUUUUUGUGUUAAAUAUCAACAUAAACCCAAUAUAUUGGCGGAAUAACAAAAUUACGCAUCUAUAUAAAGUUAAUCAUCUUUAUAGAUCAAAAAAGAAAAUUGUACAAAAAGAACAUAGCACUGUGAAUAAUCAAGUCGUAUAAACAAUAACAAAUAAGACUUGAAAACAAGCGAGACGAAAAAAAAAGUUGUGGAAGUGAAAAUAUCAAAAUUUUAGCCAAAAAUUUUGUUAAUAGAUCCGUAUUUAUUAUCGAAAAUAACCAACGAUAUAGGUCCAUGUAAAAUCAAGGAAUUCAAAAUUUGUGCAAAUCCAAUUUUGUACAUCAUUUAAUCAAGCUCCAAAAUGUCGGAAGAAAUUGCGAGCGACCUCCAUAAAUUGGAAAUCACUUCAACAGAUCCAGCCCACAUAGGGGUGAUUAAUCUUAUUGAUUCUACACAGUUACCAUUAAACUUGAAUCCUUUUUAUGAAGGUGAAACGAAUUCGAAUGACUUAAAAUUUGAAGAUGGAGAGACUGUGUCGAGUCCGCCACAAAUGCAAAGAAACCAUCAAGGUUGUCGACGUUGCAGAUUGCGUCGUCGUUCUGAAAGUAGUGCAGAUGCUUACAAAUCCGCAGCCACGGUCCUGUUUACAGAUACUUCCGAUGAUUCCUGUGGAACACAUACUUUAUUAGGAGUUCAAAGACAAUCCUUAAAACAUCGACGCAGUAUUUUGCGACCACCAGUUCUGCGUAAACUUCAAAAUAUACAGAAGCUUCUGCACACAUUGCCUAAAGUUGAUAACGAACAAGCCUCAACAUCUGCAAUGGGAAAUGUUAUAAUUUCGCCAAUAAAUAAGAAUUUAGUAUCAACAGCGUCGAGUAGAGGGAUAUGUGAUUUUCGUGAUUUAAUUCACGAAUGUGAAAACUUAUUAAAUUUAGAAAACGAUGUUAAAGGACGAUUUGGCUUAGUGAGUCCAGAUCAACGUGUUUCAAAAAAUUUUACAACUAUGCAGUCAACUACGCUACCACGCGGUCUUUUUAGUAACAAAGAAAGAAAUAGUUUCACAAAUAAUGGUAACCAAGCUUGUUCGCCGGAAAGAAAUGUUGGAAGUAAUACCCGUUCAAAUGCAAGUACGUCGUGCUCACAACAAGCAGGAAGCAGUGCUGCCGGAAUUGCAAAUAGCAAUGGCACCAGUGACGAUGUAACGAUCGAUGAACUUGCCUGCUAUUUCGACACAUUUGUGCACAUACCGAAGAAGAUGUCAACAAUGGCUGAAAUGAUGUACAUAUGAAGGGGCAUGCGGUUUCUUUGCUGCGGAUUUUAAUAUUUGGCGUCACUUCUAUGCACCAGCGUUUUUAAACGAACAAACACAAAUAGAGAUCGCUGAAGCAACAAACAGUUAAACCAAGAUUUUAUCAAAGUAUUCAAGCUGAAUAGACAGCAUUGUUGUGAAUCGAUCAAACAAUUUAAUCUAUCUUUACGUUUUUUUCUCAUAAUGGCUAUAAAAUAUGAAUAUGUAUUUGAAUUUAUAAGGUAUAUGUGAAUGGAUUUUGCUUUAUAUUAUCCGUAGCUUAUAAUAAAUUAUACUAAGCAGUGCGUUGAGCCUGUCCUUCGAUAGUUUAAUAAGUUUUAAAUUGAAAUUGGGUUUUCCUUGAAAAAUUGCUCACAUAUAGAUAAUUUUAAAUAUUUGAAAUCCGUUAUUAAAAAUGUAUUGGUCUAUAACGGAUAAUAUAAUUCCCUUGCUUACAGUUUAAAAGAAUCUGGUCAUUUCUAUUUCCACAUCCAAUAAAUUUUAUUUAACACAA